AUGAGUGGUGCAGUUGACACACCUGAGGGAAGAGAUGCCAUCCAGAGGGACCUGUACCUGAACAAGUUCAAGAAGUGGGCCCGUGUGAACCUCAAGGCCAAGUGCAAGAUCCAGAGUAAAGUGGCGGACUUAGAGAAGGAAGUUGUGACUUUAAAGGAUGCAACCAAGACUUCAAAAGAGGCAAAGAUGAUUGCGCAUGAAGUAAUUGCAUCUCAAUCAGAUAGAUGCUCUGGGCUGCAGGAUAAGGUGGACUGUUUGAGAGCUUGUCACAAAAAGACCGUGGCAACCCAGACGGAGGGCCUGCCCCGAACUGUGGCUGUUCAGGUCUCUGGCUGCAAGGAAUGCCAGAGACUGCUGCUGCCGGGGGAGGAAGGCCAGCAUUCCACCUGUGUGAGGUGUGAGCAGGUGCAAGAUCUGCUCAGCAUGGUGGUGGAACUUAAGGAGGAGGUCAAGAGACUGAGGACCAUCAGGGAGCACGAAAAUGAGAUUGACUGGUGGAGCAACUCCCUGGCGUGCUAUCCAGAAAGACCCCAGGGAGAUACCCCCCAAAAGGUGCCCCUCCGUAAUAGAUUUGAGGUCCUGGAUCUUGAAGGAGAGGUAGAUGAGGAUGUGGUGGAAGGCCCACCUAUGAGGUCACAUAGGAAGAAGCAGUUGACUCCACACCUCAAGACUGCCUCUGAUAAGAAAGAAAGAAGGCCAUUUCGCAGUCCACCUCACUACCCGAUUGUCCAGACUGCGCUUCCUCAGUUUAGCUGUGAGGGUGCUGUGGGAGACUUUGUCAAAUGCUUUAAUGAAAUCAAGAUAGACCACAUCCAGUGCUUUACCAUCAUGUAUCCACCUGGUUAUGUCGUCUUAAAAGGCUAUGCGAAUGUAUUUUGGAAGGCUACGUCUGUCCCAAAUUUUUCCUACAUGGGAGCACGGUUAUGUAACUAUCUAUCUCACCAUCUAACUGUUAGUGCACAAAGUGGGACCUUCCAACAGUUGUUACUUCAGAGGUGUCGAAUGGAGUAUGAAAACAGAGAUGAAGCUGCCAAAGGAGGUGAGACUACUCAAAAACAAUGUCAUGCUGUUGUGUUUUUCUUAGCUGAACUUUACCUUAACCUAGAGAUUAAAGGAACAAAGGGACAGGUAAUGCGAGCAGAAAAUCUUCAAGAAGGCCUUUGGGAAUUACUAAAUGUGCUCUUCUCUAAUCCUGUGGAUAGUAAUUUGAUAUGUGCAGUGAAACUGCUGAAGUUGACAGGCUCAGUUUUAGAAGAUGCCUGGAAAGAAAAAGGAAAGAAUGAUAUGGAGGAAAUUAUUCAGAGAAUUGAGAAUGUUGUGUUGGAUGCAAACUGUAGCAGAGAUGUGAAACAUAUGCUUCUGAAACUAGUAGAACUACGAUCAAGUAACUGGGGUAGGGUUCAUGAAACGUCUCCACAUACAGAAUCUACCCCUGAAAAUGACCCAAACUAUUUUAUUAAUGAACCAAUGUUUUACACCUCUGAUGGUGUUCCUUUCACUGCAGCAGAUCCAGGAUACCAAGAAAAAUACCAGGAGCUGCUUGAAAGAGAGGAUUUGUUUCCAGAUUAUGAAGAAAAUGGAACAGAUUUAUUAGGACUUGGAGAUCAGGUUUUUUUAUUUUUUGAGUAUUUUGAUGACCUUGAUGACAAGAUGGAUGCAGAAAUUGAAGAAGUGUAUGAAAAAUUCUGUCUAGAAUCAGAACAUAAGAGAAAACAGUGA